GAUUUGUUUACGAAUUUCCACUCAUUUCACGAUUUCAUUGAAAUUUUGGUCAAAAGUUGUGAUAUUUUUACGUUUUUUACACUUUUAGUCAAUUUAUACACAUUUUGUUUGAAGCGUUCAUUCAUUGCAUAAACGACUCAUCGAUGGCUUCAAACGCGACGAAGAGUUGGUCUCAAUUAGUGAGCCAUGAAUCGCAAGACAAGGACAUCACACCAGACAUCAGACCAGUUGAGGACUACUCGCAGACAACGGCCGCAAACGACGCCUCCUUUGUAUCGCUCGAUGACGUCAUGUCGGAAGAGUUGGCCAAACAGUUGGACGAAGACUCGCCCGCUUUGGAGACGACGGGAGCCAUCGGUGGCGAGGAUUUGGCGCCCAAUAGGAGUCGAGAGGAAGACGUGAAGAAAUUCAUCGCAGAGUCGGGCCUUGACUUGAGUCAACUGCUGGACACCGAGGGGUAAAGCGACUGCUCUUGCGAUGAGGUUUUGGCGCAUUUGCUUCAAUUGGAGUUCGAUCGACAACACGACCACAACCUCAAGAAGGAGGAGAAGAAAGUGAAUCAGAACUCAAAGGUAUUCGUCGGACAUUGCGGUCGAUGUCUAACCGA